CUGCAUCGACUUGAUCACCACGUCCGCGCAUCCCGCGGAUCUCACAGGCCAGAAGACACCAUGUCCGAGACGGCCCUCAAUCUCAAGCCCGUGACGGCGACGACUGUGGGCGCCCGCCCCGCACCUAAGGCCGCCGACCUCGCGCCAUGGCAGUUCGAGUACGCUCCCAGCCGGGAUGGGAGCGAUGCCAACCUCCUCAUUAUGUUCCAUGGGAUGGGGGAUACCAAGGCCGCCUUUGCGGGCCUUGGAAGCCAGCUUAACCUCCCCGCUACGGCCGUGUUGAGUCUGCAGGCGCCGCUCGCGAUCCCACUCAUGGACCCGCCAGCAUGGACAUGGUUCAACGCUUUUGACCCGCUCUUCAACCCGCUCCCUAACCCCGACCCCUCACCGACACUGCCGCCGCUGCGCGCUCUGCUAUCGAAACUCAUGAUCCUGGGAUGGGCGCUCGAAGACAUCCACCUGUUCGGGUGGCAGCAAGGCGGGACGAUGGCCCUCGAGCUCGCGCUGUCCGUGGGGCGUGAAGCCCUUUCCGUGAGCGCGAGCGUAGGGGGCGGGAACACUGGGACGGAAGCACAAGGGAAGCGGCUUGGAUCCGUGGUGAGCGUGUGCGGCAAGCUCGAAUCAUUCCCCGCGUCCGCAGUCCACGCGGCGACGCCCGCCCUGUGGUUCACCCGGUCGACUGGGGCGGCCGCGCAGAAGAUGGAGGCUGCGUUGCGGCGGGCCUUCUUGUCCGUCGAGGUGAUCAAGGGGUUGGGGGCGGGAGCCGACAUGCCGCGGGGGCGUGGGGAGUGGGAGGGGAUUAUGAGGUUCUGGGCGCAGGUGCUACGGAGGGGGCGGGAGGGCUGGGGCGGACAAGGAGAGGUGUACGAGGUG